AACAGCUUCUUCGCAGACGUUCGCAGUGGAUUGAUGAGAUACCUUUGCAGCAGCGUAACCGGAGGACCUACAUUACCACAUACGUCACUCGGCGCUGUUGUUUCAGGACCACCCCUAUUUCCGGCUUUCACAGUUUGGAAUGAAAUUGUCUCCUUAGGCCGCAAUGUGUCGUAUUACCCUUGUGGCUGAGGCUCAAGCCCUUCAACCCAGAUGGAAGAGGUGUCGACUCACUGCACAAUUCUGUCAGGGCAAUCACGGGAUCAGUCGGAAUUUUCGGACCCGGGAUUCCAAAGCGGUGCCAUUUCGCCAUCUUUGGAGGCGCUCAUGGCAGAUUUCGAGGCUGGAUGCCAGGAUCUCUCUCAGAAGACGGCUCGCCGACCGAGGCAACGUUUUGCUGUCUUUUUUCACAGCACGCGCGCAAGCAUCCACCUCGGCAGUCCGGCUCUCGGCCCCCCACGCAAACUAGUUACACCUCCGAUCCAAAUCGGAGGCCGUUCCUCGAUUUGUGACUCACACGCCUCUCAGGGGGGCAUGCGCUGGGUGCCCUGGCAACUGAGGGUCGAGAUCCCGCAUACCUUUUUUUAUCUCGUUGUUUUGCGCAUGACUGGCAAGCUGGCUGGCUGGUUUAGGGCAGGAAUGGGGACGAGAAGCGGUGUGUGUGGUUUAGCUGGAUUGCUCAGGCAGCAGUGUGUCUGUCGGACGUCUUGCGACCCAACCAAGACGGCGCACGUAACGCCCGCUGGUUCCUGCAAGAAAGGCUUCUCAGUUGCUGCAUUCCUUUCUUCCUUUUCUUUACUUGCCGUGAUCGACAUGGCCACGGUCGCCCGGUGUGGUGCAUGCAGGAAGCCGCAUCCGCAGAGGUACAUUGGACAUGCCGAGUCCCGCGAUGGUCGUGGUCAAAGGCCGUGUCAAAGGCCGUGACGACAUCAUGCUUGCCUGCGGUCGUCGGCGUCAGCUCUCUUCCUUAUCGUGAGCCAUUUGCCUCUCCAGACAGCUCAUUGCUGCAAGGUUAUCCAGUCCUGGACGAGCUGCCUCACUUUUCGCAAAUCAAGUCAUCUCUGCUGAAGCCAGUCAGAGCGUUGAGCCACUGCGUUUGGGGCACUGCAGGUUUUGCGCAGCAUGGCUGUGAAUGACUGAACCCUGCCCGAGUCCUAUCCGCACGCCUCUGGAAAAGUUCCUGAUCAUAUUGGAAGACGCAGUCAAGUCUGAAGAUAAGUGGUGUCGCCUCGACGCU